AUGGUUGAUCUUACCGCGACGGACAGAGAUGAGAGAAAUGUUACGCUAUAUUUUGGAUCUGAAUGGUCUCCUAUGGGAGACCCCACCGCAACCGUUAAGGACUACACCGACGAGACCGCACGCGAAAACGCUGAAAUCGAAUACGAGCUCGUUGACGAGGAGAGCCGCACCAACGCCGGUAUCUACUUUGACAAGUACAAAGAACCCACUCCCAUCUGGCAACAUGCCACCCAGCUCGAGCCUUCUAUUAGGCAGAUCAUGAUGCCUUCCGACAUGCACAAGAACGAGAGCCUAUCGACCGCGCUCCGCAGUGCCACAUUAUCGUCCAUCGUCCAGGCCCCCGCGCGUAAGGUUCUCAAGGAUGACUACAUCCAUAUUCGCGUCAGAAAAAUCGGAGGAACUACGCGCGACAUCGUGCAAAAGGUGGUCAAGCUGGAAGAAUACCGCAAGGAGGAGACAUUGGUCAACCUACUCCUGUCCCAGCCUCCAUCGCGCACGGUCAUUUUUGUCAACAGCAAGCUCAGGGCUGAUAAACUGGACGAUGUCCUGUACAGCCAAAAUUUCCCUUGCGUCUCGCUCCACGGUGACCGCAACCAACGCGAACGUGAAGACGCUUUGAAUGCCUUUAAGUCCGGUCGAAGCCCUAUCCUGAUCACCACCUCGGCCGCCUCUCUCGAUCUGGAUAUCAAGGACGUCCUUCACGUGGUCAACUACGACCUCUGCGACGAGGUUGACGAGUAUGUGCACCGGAUCGAAUGCAUCGCCAGAACUGGCAAACCAACCCUCGUCACGACAUUUUACACUAAUAGCAACAACGUCAUUGCUUCCCAGCUGGCCACAUUCUUGGUGGAGUGCCAGCAAGUCGUCCCUAAAUUCCUUCAAGAAUUUAUGGAUGAAACAACAACAUACGAAGAUGCCGACUUCGUAAUGGAAGACAAGGAUGGAGGGUUUGGCACUCCUGCUGCCAAGGCACCAGCCCAGGAGGAUUGGGUGAUUCUUGAUUAA